AUGUCAGCAAAAGCUUCGUCCGUAUCAUUAUCACAUGAGAAGAUGAGCUCAGUAGGCUCAGAUUGGAAACUCACCAACGGCGCAGGCUACAUCCUCGACCGUGACCGCAGCCACGCCGCCGCCUCUCGUCUCAACCUCCAGUUCUACCUCUGGAAAGACAGUCUUGGAUUCAACAUCCACCCGACCAUCUCACAGUCACUAUUUCCUUCCACCAAGAGCAAUGAGCUCGUCAGCAGCCAAAGUCCCGUCGCGAUCUGCGAGGUAGCCUCGGGGACUGGGAUCUGGUUAACCGAUGUUGCUCGCUCCGUCCCGCCGUCCACCAUUCUCACCGGUCUGGACUACAACCUCUCGCAGUCCCCUCCGGCAGCAUGGCUUCCCCCCAACAUGUCCAUGCGCCACUGGAACGUUUUCGACCUCGUGCCCGAGGAUUUGGUCGGCAAAUACGACUAUGUCCAUACUCGCCUGCUCGUCUUGGUAGUCGGAGAGUCCAAAGACCCGGGUCCAAUCAUAAGGAACCUCUUCAAGUUGCUCAAACCAGGCGGCUGGCUACAAUGGGACGAGUUGGACACGGUGAAUAUGUCUAUCCAAAAGGUCGACCCGGCACUCGAGACGCCAGCGUUGGAAGAGCUGAGGAAGUGGUCUUGGGCGGAUGGGAGGCUGGACUGGACGGUGAAGCUGCCUGAAUUUAUGGAGAAGGAGGGGUUCACAGAGGUGAAGGGGGAUCUAUCUGGGGAUCCGCCCGCGUUGGCGAGGGCGUUCACCGAGCAGCAUUUGCUGACGGCGGAGGAGUUUGCGGAGGGGUUGAUCAAGCUGGGGAAGAGGGAAGUGGGGGAGAAGUAUUUUGGGUUGGUGCACAAGGCGCACCAAGAGGCUAUUGAGGGGGCGGCGCUGUGUGUGCCGAGGAUUGUUUGUGUGGGGAGGAAGCCGCUAUAG